AUGAAGCUGAAGAAGCAGGUGACGGUGUGCGGAGCUGCCAUCUUCUGCGUCGCCGUCUUCUCCCUCUACCUGAUGCUGGACCGAGUGCAGCACGACCCUGCCCGGCACCAGAGCGGGGGCAACUUCCCACGGAGCCAGAUCUCGGCGUUGCAGAACCGCAUCGAGCAGCUGGAGCAGCUGCUGGAGGAGAACCACGAGAUCAUCAGCCACAUCAAGGAGUCGGUGCUGGAGCUGACGGCCCACGCGGACGGGCAGCCGGUGCUGUUGCCCUACCACACACCCAAUGGCUCCUGGGUGCUGCCCCCCGAGAGCCGGCCCAGCUUCUUCUCCAUCUCCCCACAGGACUGCCAGUUUGCGCUGGGGAGCGGGGGCCAGAAGCCAGACCUGCAGAUGCUGGCCGUGGCCUCGGUGCUGCCCUUUGAUAACCAGGACGGUGGCGUGUGGAAGCAGGGCUUUGACAUCACCUACGAGCCCCACGAGUGGGACACGGAGCCCCUGCAGGUGUUCGUGGUGCCACACUCCCAUAAUGACCCAGGCUGGAUCAAGACCUUUGAGAAGUACUACGCAGACCAGACGCAGCACAUCCUGAACAGCAUGGUGCUGAAGCUGCAGGAGGACCCGCGCCGCCGCUUCAUCUGGUCCGAGAUCUCCUUCUUCUCCAAGUGGUGGGACAACAUCAGCACCCAGAAACGUGCUGCGGUGCGCAGGCUGGUUGGCAGUGGGCAGCUGGAGAUGGUGACGGGCGGCUGGGUGAUGCCCGACGAGGCCAAUUCCCACUACUUCGCCAUGAUCGACCAGCUGAUCGAGGGGCACCAGUGGCUGGAGAAGAACAUCGGUGUGACCCCGCGGUCCGGCUGGGCCGUCGACCCCUUUGGGCACAGCGCCACCAUGCCCUACCUGCUGAGACGCGCCAACCUGACCAGCAUGCUGAUCCAGAGGGUGCACUACGCCAUCAAGAAGCACUUCGCUGCCACCCACAGCCUGGAGUUCAUGUGGAGACAGACCUGGGACCCAGACUCCAGCACUGAUAUCUUCUGCCACAUGAUGCCCUUCUACAGCUACGACGUGCCCCACACCUGCGGCCCUGACCCCAAGAUCUGCUGCCAGUUUGACUUCAAGCGCCUGCCUGGGGGCAGGAUCAACUGUCCAUGGAAGGUGCCGCCCAGAGCCAUCACCGAGGCCAAUGUGGCCGAACGGGCACACCUCUUGCUGGACCAGUACCGCAAGAAGUCCAAGCUGUUCCGCACCAAGGUGCUGCUGGUGCCUCUGGGAGACGACUUCCGCUACGACAAGCCCCAGGAGUGGGACGCCCAGUUCCUCAACUACCAGCGCCUCUUCGACUUCCUCAACGCCCACCCCAGCCUGCACGUGCAGGCGCAGUUCGGGACCCUCUCCGAUUACUUUGACGCUCUCUCCAAGAGGACCGGGAUCGUCCCUGGGAUGAAGCCGCCCGGCUUCCCCGUGCUGAGCGGGGACUUCUUCUCCUAUGCGGACCGGGAGGACCACUACUGGACGGGCUACUAUACCUCCCGGCCCUUCUACAAGAGCCUGGACCGCGUGCUGGAGGCCCAUCUCCGGGGCGCAGAGAUCCUGUACAGCCUGGCGCUGAGUCACGCCCGGCACGCUGGCAUGGACAGCAGAUACCCGCUCUCGGAUUACGCCCUGCUGACCGAGGCCCGGCGUGCCCUGGGGCUCUUCCAGCACCACGACGCCAUCACAGGCACCGCCAAAGAGGCCGUCGUGGUGGAUUACGGUGUGAGGCUGCUCCACUCCCUGGUGAACCUGAAACGCGUCAUCAGCAACGCCGCGCACUACCUGGUGCUGGGCGACAAGGAGGCCUAUCGCUUCGACCCCGCAGGGCCCUUCCUUGGCACGGACGACAUGCGCCUCAACCAGGACUCGCUGCCUGAGAAAACCGUCAUCAAGUUGGACACAUCGCCCAGGUUCGUGGUGCUGUUUAACCCGCUGGAGCAGGAGCGGCUCAGUGUCGUCUCACUGCUGGUGAGCUCCCCGCGUGUCCGUGUGCUCUCCGAGGAGGGGCAGCCCCUGGCCGUCCAGCUCAGCGCCCAGUGGAGCUCAGCCACGGAUAUGGUGCCCGAUGUCUACCAGGUGUCCAUCAUGACCCGGCUGCCAGCACUGGGCCUCAGCGUCCUGCAGUUGUACAAGUCGUUCGACAGCCACACCACGCUGACGUCGUCUGUGCGCCUCCACCUGCACGGGCGUGACCUGCCCGUGCGCCCGCGCGAGGUCUUCCCCGUGCGCGUCGUCCCCGCCACCUCCGACGACUUCUGCCUGGACAACCAGCACAUGCAGGCCUGUUUCUCGGGCCUCACCGGCCUGCUGCAGAGCGUCCGGCGGGCUGGGGAGGAGCACAGGCUGAGCAGCGAGUUCCUCAUCUAUGGCACCAGGAGCGCCAAGGACAAGAGUGGGGCCUACCUCUUCCUGCCAGACGGCGACGCCAAGCCCUACGCCCCCAAGGAGCCGCCCGUGGUGCGGGUGACCGAGGGACCCUUCUUCUCGGAGGUGGCCAGCUACUACCAGCAUGUGCAGCAGGUGGUGCGGCUCUACAACGUGCCAGGGGUGGAGGGCCUGUCCCUGGAUGUGUCCUGCCUGGUGGACAUCCGCGACCACGUCAACAAGGAGAUGGCCCUGCGCCUCAGCACCAGCAUCGCCAGCGAGGACACCUUCUUCACCGAUCUCAACGGCUUCCAGAUCCAGCCUCGCAGGUUCCUGAAGAAGCUGCCUCUGCAGGCCAACUUCUACCCCAUGCCAGCCAUGGCCUACAUCCAGGACAAGGAGAGCCGCCUGACCCUGCACACGGCCCAGGCCCUGGGGGUGGCCAGCCUGCACAGCGGCCAGCUGGAGGUGAUCCUCGACCGGCGCCUCAUGCAGGAUGACAACCGCGGCCUCGGCCAGGGGCUGAAGGACAACAAGCGAACCUGCAACCGCUUCCGCCUCCUGCUGGAGCGCCGCACCACGGCCAACAAGAGCUCCGGCUUCUUUUCCAAACUGGCUUCCGUGUUCCUAGCCUGGCCCUUUUCCGGCCCCCGGACGGGCAGCGGAGAGGUGCAGGACAGUCGUCCAAUCAGCUUCCCCUCUCUGCUGAGUCACAUGACCUCCAUGCACCUGAACGCCGAGGUGCUGGCGAUGCCCGUUGCUCAGGAGAAGCCAGCGCCCCCGGCCCUAAGGUCCUUCCGGCCCCUCUCAGCCACCGUCCCCUGUGACUUCCACAUCCUCAACCUUCGAACGCUGCAGGCGGAGGACGACUCGCUGCCCUCGGCGGAGAUGGCGCUGAUCUUGCACCGCAAGGGCUUCGACUGUGGCCUGGAGGCCAAACACCUGGGCUUCAACUGCACCACCAGCCAGGGCAAGUUCUCCCUUGGGAGCCUGUUCCACGGCUUGGAGCUGGGGUCCCUGCAGCCCACCUCGCUGACACUGAUGUACCCGCUGGGCGCGGCCUCCCCCAACAGCACUGUGAUCCACAUGGACCCCAUGGAGAUCGCCACCUUCCGCAUCCACUUUGGGUAG